GUUUCAAAACGAAAUCAGUCACGAUUGAGACACGCAAGUAUAUAAGAAAUGUAAACAUUGUCUUGUGCGCGACAACGAACAUUUCAAAUUCUUAUUUCCAGUGGCCUUUAUUUAUCGUGUCUACAUUUUAAAGAUUUAUAAUAGUUAAAAAUAUGUAAAGCCAUACGUGCGAUGUUGCAGAAAAAGUUCAACGCGUUUAUCUAUUAAUUAAUAAAAAAUCAAACAAUUUAAGCGCAUAUCACGAGAAAAUAAAAUUACUUCGAUUGCAAGUAAAGAGUACAGAACAAAGCUUACAGAAUUUGGAGGCGGAUUUGCAUACAUUGUGUUAUCAUAAGAAUUUAGAAGCAUAUAAGAACCGUAUUACAUUAGAAAGUUUUUCUUUCGCAAUGGAUUCAAAAUCGGAAAAUUGGUUAAAACGUUUACCAGACCUUGUAAUAGAGAACAUUCUCGACCGCGUUGAUAUCAGCAUUUACGAUAUUUGUGGCGUCCGAUUAUGGAGGAAGAAAUUUUAUCCAGCUUUCGAGUCUUGGGAAAGAAUAAUUCUGCGCAGAUGGCCUGAAGCGAAAAAACUCUACGAGAAACAGUAUGAGAUCAGUAUGGAAUCAGUAGAAAACGAAGAAAUAAAUAAUGAAAGAAAAUUGGACUUUAUAGAAAAAGGCAUAAUUUGUGUAUUACAAUUACGAGAUUAUGUGUCUCAAAUCAUUCGUAUGCAAUAUUCUAAAAAUUAUUAUAAUAUUGAUAGUUAUACACAAGUUCAAGACGUUCUUUAUUUACCUGAAUAUUUAACAAAAGAGCUUGAUGAGAUUAUUAAUAAACCUGAAAACCACAUUAGAUAUUAUUUUUAUAAUAAUGAAAUUGAAAGUUUGUUAAAUCAAUCUCCACGGACAAAUGGUUGUGAUUUAACUGAAAGAUAUAUUAAUGAAAAAUUCUUUUACUAUAUGAAGCAAUGUUGGUUGAAAAAGGAGUGGGAUAUAUAUGAAUUAUUGCCGGAUAAUUAUAAGCUUUUGGAACAGGCGGUAACUAUUAUAGCACAAUCUAUUCAACUUCAGAAAAAUUUAUAUUAUUUACACAUAAAAGAAUCGCUGGAUAAUAUCGUACAAGAGAUACUGAAUUGUCUCAAAGAGAAGCAUCCCAAUCAUCCAAUAUUUUCGAUAUCUGCUGAAACUCGUAUUUACUGGGAAAAUAAUAAUAUCGACGAAAAUCAUUGGAACGAAAAAGAAGGAACACAGAUUAUGGAUACAUUCCAAGAAUACAUAUUUGGCAAAUUAAACUUUCAAAGUAAUGGGGGAUUUACUUCCGAAGACAUGUGUAUAGAUAAUGUCUUAAGAAAAAAAUCGGGCGAUGGCUUAAUCAUAUUAAUAAUAUAUCAAAGCGUGGCCAGAAGACUUGGUUUACGUUGCAAUAUAAUAGAUAAUUGCCCUUAUUAUAUAUUUUGGAAACCAAAAUAUACUAAUGACGGAUUAGAAAAUGUGCGAUAUUUGCUAGUUGAACGGCAGGAUGAUUCAUCAUGGCCCACACCAUUAUUGUCAGACUUUCAUGAAUUCUAUAAGAUGGAUGUUAAUAAGGUAUGGAACUACUUAAAAAAUCAAUUUCAAAAAAAUGUUGGUUUGGCUAAUACAAUAUUCAAGUUGGAGUCAAAUGCUUAUGCAAUUCGCAUGUUUAAACUGCAUUUUGCUAAACCAAUAUGCAGAAAUACAGGACUAAAAGACGCAGAAUAUGCAGUAGGAAUGAUCAUAGAACAUCGUGCAUUAGAUGGGAAUAAAUGCACUGGCGUUAUACUUGCAUGGCACCGAUGUGAGGAUGGACAUCUAAUCUCUAAAGGCUAUGAUGAUUUAAAUUGUGUAUUGCGGUUAAAUCAUAAUGAAUCGCAUAGUUUGAAUAGAGGUCUCAUAAUUUACGUGGUUCUUGGCGAACAUAAUAAAAUGUGUUACGUGCAAGAAGAUUACAUAGUUUUAACCAAGCCGAGAUGGAUCGCUAAUGAUGAAAUAGGUCGCUAUUUUUGUAAAUUUAAAAACACGCAUUACAAACCAAAUGAAAUGUUGGCUAAUUUGUUUCCGGAUGACGCUGCUGUAAGAAAACGAUAUUUAAAUGAAGAGGAUAGUUAAAGAAUUUAAAGUUUAAUUUACUGAAUGUUGCUUCAAGAUGUUAUAAUAAAUUUUGUUAAAAAGAAUUA